AUGUGUAGACAAGGAAAACCACAGGCUGAUCUUACUGGAUUGUGUAGACAAGGAGAAACACAAAUGGAUCUUACCGGAAUGUGUAGACAAGGAGAACCACAGAUGGAUCUUACAGGAAUGUGUAGACAAGGAGAACCACAGAUGGAUCUUACUAGAAUGUGUAGACAAGGAGAACCACAGGCGGAUCUUACAGGAAUGUGUAGACAAGGAGAACCACAGAUGGAUCUUACUAGAAUGUGUAGACAAGGAGAACCACAUAUGGAUCUUACUAGAAUGUGUAGACAACGAGAACCACAGAUGGAUCUUACAGGAAUGUGUAGACAAGGAGAACCACAGAUGGAUCUUACUAGAAUGUGUAGACAAGGAGAACCACAGAUGGAUCUUACAGGAAUGUGUAGACAAGGAGAACCACAGAUGGAUCUUACUAGAAUGUGUAGACAAGGAGAAUCACAGGAUGAUCUUACUAGAAUGUGUAGACACGGAGAACCACAGGCUGAUCUUACUGGAAUGUGUAGACAAGGAGAACCACAGAUGAAUCUUACUAGAAUGUGUAGACAAGGAGAACCACAGGCUGAUCUUACUAGAAUGUGUAGACAAGGAAAACCACAGGCUGAUCUUACUAGAAUGUGUAGACAAGGAGAACCACAGGCUGAUCUUACUGGAAUGUGUAGACAUGGAAAACCACAGACGGAUCUUACUGGAAUGUUCAGAUUAGCAAUACCACAGACGGAUCUUACAGGAAAGUUCAGAUCAGCAAUACCACAGACGGAUCUUACUGGAAUGUUCAGAUCAACAAUACCACAGAUGGAUCUAACAGGAAUGUUCAGAUCAGCAAUACCAUAG